AUGACAGCCUCCGUGCUCCUCCACCCCCGCUGGAUCGAGCCCACCGUCAUGUUUCUCUACGACAACGGCGGCGGCCUGGUGGCCGACGAGCUCAACAAGAACAUGGAAGGGGCGGCGGCGGCGGCAGCGGCGGCGGCAGCGGCAGCGGCGGCCGGGGCCGGGGGCGGGGGCUUCCCCCACCCUGCGGCUGCGGCCGCGGGGGGCAACUUUUCGGUGGCGGCGGCGGCCGCGGCAGCCGCGGCGGCCGCGGCCAACCAAUGCCGCAAUCUGAUGGCGCACCCCGCGCCCCUGGCGCCCGGCGCCGCGGCCGCCUAUAGCAGCGCGCCGGGGGAGGCGCCCCCGUCGGCCGCCGCUGCCGCUGCCGCCGCCGCCGCGGCCGCCGCAGCCGCAGCCGCCGCGUCGUCCUCGGGAGGGCCGGGCCCGGCGGGCCCGGCGGGUGCCGAGGCCGCCAAGCAAUGCAGCCCCUGCUCGGCGGCGGCGCAGAGCUCGUCGGGGCCAGCGGCGCUGCCCUAUGGCUAUUUCGGCAGCAGCUACUACCCGUGCGCCCGCAUGGGCCCGCACCCCAACGCCAUCAAGUCGUGUGCGCAGCCCGCCUCCGCCGCCGCCGCUGCCUUCGCGGACAAGUACAUGGAUACUGCCGGCCCCGCGGCCGAGGAGUUCAGCUCCCGCGCUAAGGAGUUCGCCUUCUACCACCAGGGCUACGCAGCCGGGCCUUACCACCACCAUCAGCCCGUGCCUGGCUACCUGGAUAUGCCGGUGGUGCCGGGUCUCGGGGGCCCCGGCGAAUCGCGCCACGAGCCCCUGGGUCUUCCCAUGGAAAGCUACCAGCCCUGGGCGCUGCCCAACGGCUGGAACGGCCAAAUGUACUGCCCCAAAGAGCAGGCGCAGCCUCCCCACCUCUGGAAAUCCACACUGCCCGACGUGGUCUCCCAUCCCUCGGAUGCCAGCUCCUAUAGGAGGGGGAGAAAGAAGCGCGUGCCUUAUACUAAGGUGCAAUUAAAAGAACUCGAACGGGAAUACGCCACGAACAAAUUCAUAACUAAGGACAAACGGAGGAGGAUAUCAGCCACGACGAACCUCUCCGAGCGGCAGGUUACAAUCUGGUUCCAGAACAGGAGGGUCAAAGAGAAAAAAGUCAUCAAUAAAUUGAAGACCACUAGUUAAUGGAUUAAAAAGUGGAGCACAGGGCAACUUGAAGAAAUGCUUCAGAACUGAUUGUUUUUGCCCAGCUGAUGGUAAUAAUGCUUAAUAAUAAUCGAAGAAUUGGAAAGAGAGACACUGGCAUUUUGCUGUCUUAAGUGGGAAUUUCUUUUUAAUGGAAUCUACAACUUUUUAAAAACUUUUUAAGAUGGUAAAGACUGACAGUUCUCCCGCCAACAGACCGUUAAAUGACAAAUUCUAGAGUCAAACGUCAACCCCUAAAUACGAAAUUUCAGAUAAGUUACGCACUUACUAAAAUCUUGUAAGUAUUUAUGUGACCGUUAUAUUUUAGGACACUGUGUUAGAUGGUAAUGAUUUGAAAGUUGGUUACAAAAGCAAGAGUCUGUUGUAAACAUCUGA